UUCCCCUCGCAUCCUUGGAAGCAACAAUUAAGCAGCUCUGGGAUAAAACACACAGCCCGCGGGAGCACGGGGGCAUUGCUUCAAGAGAUGGCAAGGCAGGCAGCUGCACCCCUCCUCCCCGGAGUCCUCCUCCUCCUCUCCAUCCUCCCGGCUACUCAGCAAGGAGGGGUUCCUGGUGCUAUCCCGGGAGGGGGAGUCCCAGGAGGAGGCUUUUUCCCAGGUGCUGGAGUUGGAGGUUUGGGAGCAGGACUCGGGGCUGCAGGGAAACCUCCCAAACCAGGGGUCGGAGGACUUGGGGGGGUCGGAGGACUUGGGGGACUUGGCCCCCUUGGUCUGCAGCCAGGUGCUGCGGGUCUGUUCCCCGGAGCUGCCUUCCCCGGGGGGGUGUUCCCGGGAGCCGCCUCGGCCGCGGCGCUCAAGGCUGCUGCAAAAGCUGGUGCUGGCAUUGGAGGCGUGGGUGGAAUUGGUGGUCCUGGUGGCCUCGGGGUCUCCACAGGUGCCGUGGUACCGGGCGCGGUGCAGCCCGGCCUUGGCGCGGCAGGGAAACCCCCUAAAAUACCAGGUGCUGGGAUUCCUGGAGCCUUUCCGGGCGGUGUGCUCCCUGGCGCAGGUGUUCGCUUCCCUGGCGUGGGAGUACUGCCUGGAGUCCCCACUGGAGCUGGAGUCAAACCUAAAGCCCCAGGAGCUGGAGCCUUUGGAGGAAUCCCUGGACUGGGAGGUUUUGGAGGUCAGCAGCCCGGUGUCCCUCUGGGUUAUCCCAUCAAAGCUCCUAAGCUCCCAGGUGGCUAUGGACUGCCCUACACCAAUGGCCUCAGGCCCGGCGGGAUAGGAGCCGGCCUCCUGGCAGGAAAGGCAGGAUACCCCACCGGGACAGGGGUAGGAGCACAGGCGGCAGCAGCGAAGGCAGCAGCGAAACUGGGAGCCGGUGUCCUGCCCGGUGUUGGCGGAAUCCCGGGAGUUGCACCCGGUGUCGGCAUCGGCGGUGUCCCAGGAGCUGGAGUCGGAGGACCGGCAGCAGCGGCAGCAGCGGCGAAGGCAGCGGCAAAGGCAGGAGCUUUUGGUGCAGGGGCAGUGCCCGGAGUCGGAGGUGUCCCUGGCUUGGUCCCCGGUGUUGGAGGUGUCCCCGGGGCAGUGCCCGGUGUCGGAGGUGUGCCCGGGGUGGCAGGGGUGCCGUCGGCAGCAGCAGCAGCAAAGGCAGCUAAGUACGGCGCCGGCGUUCCCGGUGUCGGUGUGGGUGGCGUCCCCGGCCUCGUGCCCGGAGUCGGAGGUGUCCCUGGCUUGGUCCCCGGUGUCGGAGGUGUCCCCGGGGCAGUGCCCGGUGUCGGAGGUGUGCCCGGGGUGGCAGGGGUGCCGUCGGCAGCAGCAGCAGCAAAGGCAGCUAAGUACGGAGCUGGCGUUCCUGGAAUCGCCGGCGUUCCUGGAGUUCCUGGUGUCCCUGGUGUUCCUGGCGUGCCUGGGGUUCCUGGUGCUGUGCCCGGUGUUGGAGUGGGUGGCCCGGCAGCAGCGGCCGCAGCCAAGGCUGCAGCGAAAGCGGCGGCGAUCGGAGCAGGACGCGUGCCCGGUGUUGGCAUUCCUGGAGUGGGUGUUCCCGGUGUUGGUGUUCCCGGUGUUGGUGUUCCCGGAGUGGGUGUACCAGGUGUUGGUGUGCCUGGUCUGGUGCCUGGGGUCGGCGUUCCAGGAGGUCCGGCAGCCGCUGCCAAAGCAGCCGCCAAAGCAGCCAAGUACGGAGCAGGUGGCCUGGCUCCCGGCGUGGGUGGCCUGGCUCCCGGCGUGGGUGGCCUGGUUCCUGGAGUAGGUGGCCUGGUUCCUGGAGUGGGUGGCCUGGUUCCUGGUGUUGGAGGUGUCCCAGGUGUUGGAGGUCCAGCAGCGGCGGCCAAAGCAGCAGCCAAGGCAGCCAAAUUCGGUGCCGGGGUUGGAGGGGUGCCAGGGGUGGUGCCUGGCGUGGGCGGAGUGCCCGGAGUGACACCCGGCGUUGGUGGUGUGCCCGGCUUGGUGCCAGGGGUGGGAGUACCUGGAACUGGCAUCCUUCCCGGGGCAGGCAUCCCCCAAGUAGGGGUGCAGCCUGGUGCUAAACCUCCCAAAUUCGGUGUCCCUGGGGUUGGAGUCCCAGGAGUUGGUGGCCUCCCAGGUGGCCUUGGAGUCGGUGGGCUUGGAGUUGGUGGCCUCGGAGCUGCUGGGAAACCUCCCAAGCCAGGCGCUGGAGUUCCCGGCUUCGGCGUAUCCCCGGUGUUUCCAGGUGGGGUCGGCGGCCUGGGAUUCGGUGGGAAGCCCCCCAAGCCCUACGGAGGAGCUCUGGGUGCCCUGGGCUUUCGAGGGCCCGGCUGCGCGGCAGGGAAGUACUGCGGCAGGAAGCGGAAGUAGCGCUCCGGCAGCGAUCACCUCAUGAACUUUGGUGCUACUGCAUGGUCCAGAAUGUAAAUCCGAAGCAAAGCUGAGACACCCUCUCCUCGAGCCCCGGACCCCCCGUCCAGCCCGGGGCCGUGCCGGCCCCGCGUUCCCCGGAGGGACCGCGCGUUCUCCGGCGGCGCCCGGCCCCGCCGCCCCUCGGUCCCGGCAGGGAGCGCGGAAUAAACUGCGGGGAGCAGCCGUCCCCCUUGGUGCUAUCGCUCUCUGCGGGAUUCGGGGGCGCUGGGCUGUCCCUCGCAGCCCCGGAGCUGACCCCGGGGGCACAGGAUGAGGGCCCCCGCCUUGGAGGCAGGGAGGGAGGGAGGGAGGGAGGGAUGGCGGCGGCGGGGCUGUGCGGGGCGGGGUGGCCCCGGCAGCCUGGCCCCAGCCCGGGCCCCGCGCUCCCCCGGUCUGGGGGGGCCGCGGCAGGAGGGGCUCCGUCCCUUCACGUUGCUCACUUUGCUAUAACUGGGUGGGACGCCCUAUACAGAGGGACUCGCUUCUGACAGACUAAUAAAGGACAAGUUUUU